AAUCUCGUUUCAGAAAAACAGCAGCAGCAAUCCAGAAAGCACGAUCCUCCUCUGUUCUCAUGUAAUUUCUGCUGCGCGCGGCUCCUUUCGGCUUGUCGCUGUCACGCACACCUCUCCGCGCGCGCUCUCUUCUCUUCUUUUCUUCUUCCUGGACAGCAGAGCAGGCAGCACUCUCUCAGCUCCCGCGACGUCACGCUCUUUUUCUUCUCCAUCCCCUUCGGGUUCCAAGCUCGCGAAGCCUUCCUUGCUGCUCCAGCAGGUCGAGGAAGCUAAGGGUCGACUGCUUCAUCGACGACGCGGCUAGCUGGGCUGCAUCAGUAGGAAAAACUUUGUCAGAAGCAGAAGCAACUGCUGAUUCCUACCGACAAAGCUGUACGGCCCUUACGGUCAUGGGGACUGUCAAUGACUGGGGAGAAAAGCUAGACCAUUUCGCCGAGUCCUCUGAUCCAGAUUAUGCAGUACAGCUAAUUCGCAAAAGGUGUGAGGUGUGCUGCCAAUGAAGACCAGACACAUCGAUUUCUUGCUCACAUGCUACGUAGGGAAAACAGGAAGACAGUGCAUCUAGCAGAUGCUAUUGCAAGAGAGAAUGAGUGUUUACUCGUUAAAAGGUUCUAAAGGUCCAGUGUUUCCUCUACGAUCAAUCCUCGUCUUCUUCAUUGCAUUAUUCGGCUUCUAUGUCUGCUACUUCUCCUUUAAUCAGUUAGCUUUCGAAACUGAAGAAAAACUGACCAGCGAAGAAGAACAAACAAAACAUAUUUGCAGAAAACCUGCAGUUCCACAUGAGCAGGGGCGAUAUUUGCACUUCCCAAAACCUACGACUUAUGACAGAGGCGAAUGUGCUUGUACCCCGGUCCGUUUCUUUGUCAUCGUGUCUAUGCAAAGAUCAGGAAGUGGGUGGUUUGAGACUUUGCUGAACAGCCACCCUAAUGUCAGCUCAAAUGGUGAAAUCUUCUCUGUGAGAGAUAGAAGAGAAAACAUCUCGACUAUUUUGGGGACUCUUGAUAAAUUGUAUAGCAUGGACUGGCUCACUAGUGCAGCAAAAAAUGAAUGCACAGCAGCAUUUGGAUUGAAGUGGAUGCUAAAUCAGGGACUCAUGGAGCACCAUCAUGACAUUGUUGAUUAUUUAAAUAGCAAAGGGGCUAUAGUGAUACUUCUCUUCAGGAGGAAUACAUUACGGAGGCUUAUCUCUGUGUUGGCUAACAACUAUGAUAGAAGAACAAAGCAGUUGAAUGGCAUCCAUAAAUCACACGUUCACUCAAAAGAGGAGGCUGAGAUACUCGCAACAUUCAAGCCAAAGAUGGACGUGUCAACUCUGAUCCCAAGCAUCAGAAACGCUGAACAUUCCAUGAGAACUUGCUUGGGCCAUUUCCGAAAAACGCACCACAUGAUCCUCUAUUACGAGGAUGUGAUCCGCGACAAAAAUGCACUGUCCCGAGUGCAGGAAUUCCUCGGAGUUCCGGUGACCAAACUGUCCAGCCAGCAUGUGAAGAUCCACACCAGGCCCCUCCCUGACCUCGUCGAGAACUGGGAGGAUGUGAGCGAGAUGCUGAACGGGACGAAGUAUACUCAGUUUCUUGACGACGCAGAUUAUGUCAAGUGAUGUUUUCUAGUUCACAUCAGGGCCAAACGGGUCAUAGUUCCAAUUUCUUUUAGCAAAGGUUUCAAAAAUGUGUUUCCAUUCUUUUUUUUUUGCCCUGCAAAAAGAGGGUUGCAGUCGGUUAAGGCAGCAUUGUUUGUGUGCAGGAGGUUACAGAAGAGGUGAAUGAAGCAGAGAUGAUAAAAAAUUGAGGCGUUCAUUUUCUGCCUUUUAGAUUCUGUAUAGAUAUAUAGAUUUUCUGGGUUUUAUGCGUGCCCUCCGUUGGUGGCUCGCAAUUGAGCUCCAUCUCUGAAAUUCCAAGAAAACAGUGCUCCAUGAACCACAACCAGCGAUUGCUGUGCUGCAUUGGAAGUUUCGCCGUUGCCAGCUGUU